GAGUUGAAGUGCAGCUGGCUUUCGUUCAAGGAGGAUCCGAAUUGGCAGUACCUCUUUACUGCUUUUGGCCUGACGGAAGUCACGAAAUCGAUCAGAGCUGAAAGCAAGAGGAAGCCAGCUGCAACGGAGACCAGCACGCCACCAAAAAAGAAGAAACCGACACCUGAAGAUUCGGAGAUGAGCCCGGCCAAGACCUCGACUGCUCCCAAGAAGGUUGGUCAAUGUAGAGCUGCCAACUUUGGUCAGCCAAAGAAAGUGCCAGAGACCCUUGCAAGGGCAGGUGUACCAGUUGUGACCAAGGAAGAUGGUCCUUUUGAUCCCGCCGCAGAUCGGGAGGACCCAGAGGACCCGGAGACCAUCAAGAAAGCAGACAAAGAUUUGAGACUUAUCGCUGACGAACCCCUUGUGGCACCGGGCAAAAUCUUCCGCAAACAGCACGGACGGAUAGCAAAGAAGGUGCGGUCUUCGAUCCACCUGAAGGGUGCCGUUGAUUGUCAGGAGAAGGGUUUCGUGAGUUUGCAGACAAAGUUAGUGAAAGGUGAGCUUCCAACGUGUCCAGCUUGCUUGGAAUUUCUGAAGGUCCAGAAUUUCGACAUGGAGACUCUCCAGGCUCGCCUCAACCCAGAACAAGUUGGCCAUCCAGAGAAGGAUGCACCAAACGCUGGUGCUCUCGCUGAUGAAGAUGAUGCCGAUCCCCUCAGCUAUGCCAAGAAGAUGUACCCGGUCAUCGUCCUCCUUCCUCCAGGAUCGUUUGGCAAGAAGCUGCCAUAUAGGUGCACUUUGUGCAAGACGGCUAGGUGGCCAGGUGGAAAAGUUGGUGAUCUCUGCGCGAGGAAGAGCGAGUCUGUCAGGGGUUUCUUGGACAGUCACCUAAAUUCCCAGAUGCACAUCAGCCUUUCACAAGGAAAACGGCAUCUAGGAAACUCGCAACAGGCAGACUGCUGUGGACUUGAGGUCAACGAUACCACUCGCAGUGGUCCGCUUGGCAAUGUCUGGAAGUCCGAGUUUGAGACUUGGAUCGCAAUGACCAACCUUGAGCAAUUUGGCAGGCACACCUACUGGCAAGAGAAAUCCAAGGACGGCCAGAGUUGGUUCAUUCGUUCCCAGACUUGCAAGAAGAAGGUUCUCUGGGAUAUUGACGAAUCAGAGAAGCCGAUUUGUGAAGAAUGCAUGAAGCUGGGUUCUAGUACUUGUGUGGUCCGGGCAGUGUCCAAACAUUCCCAGAAGUACAUGGCAGCCAGGUUGUUGCAUGCCCGCCUCUUUGAAGGGAAAGAUGGAGUCAAGGAAGUGGAGAAGGCAUUCUACAAUGGCGGCCUUUACGCCAUAGAUCCAAAGAAGGUGAAUGACACCCUGGCAUUGAAAACUGAUCAUUUGCAGCAGAUUGUGCGAGCCAACUGGGCGCAUGGACUCUGGACUCUCAAAGGGCCGCAAAUGGACUUCUUCAAGUCCACUGUCCAGCCGAGUCUUCGCUACAGUCCGGGGUCCGUGCCCGAAUGCUUCUCGGAUGUUUUGGUACGAUUUCGUGCAUACGUGGCCAGUGGAAUAGCAUCCGAAUCUGAUCAAGUCAACUUGGUCUGUCGUUGCAAUGAAUGCAGCCGGGAAGCAGCCUUGAUAGCUGAUGCCGGGCUGAAGCUGGCAUUGGCGGGAGGAAAUUGGAAGCUGGGACAGAUGCCCUUUGGCAGCAGGUUUGGGUUGUCAUCAAGAUUGUGCCGAACCUCCUUGGAUCUACUCCUUCCACGAAGCUUGCCGUGCCCUGCGCUGGCUCUCAUGUUCCCAGAUGUGCUAGAGACCAACUUCCGUCUGUUGGAUCAACGAUUCAGCAAAGGCUCUGCAUCCAAACGUCGGUUGUGGUGCGCAUUUGAUGAAACCUACUUGACUCAGACUUUGGUGCAAACAAUUCUUCACGAGAGACAGGUGCUUGUAGGAGGAGCUUGGUCGCCUGAAGCUGAAGAGGAUGCAUGCUUGGACAUGGCAAAAGAGAACUUGAAUAUCAAGGACAUCACCAAGGCAUCAUCCAUGAUGACCUUCUUGGCAUGGGAUCCAUGCGCAAUGCAGAAAGCGCCCUUGACGUUCUGCUCGCUGCCAGUGCGCCACAGCUUCAAGGGCGCGGAAAAAUACAAGGGUAACUGGACCAUUCUCGAGAUUGUGGGCCGGAUCAUGGAGAGUGAUGCCAGGUCCGGAAAAACCAUCCGGGGCCUGGUCUUUGACGCGCAUGGAUCACAUGCCUUUGUGCGUCGCGUGAUCUUCGGGGAUUUCGAGGAUGUGUGCAGGGAGUCUGUCAAAAAGGUCCCAUUCUUCCGGCACUUGGAACACAGAGAGCUUCCAAACCAUCGUCUUCCAAGGCUACCUUUGCGCAUCGCGCUGUACGAAGGGGAGCCUAUCUUUUGCAUGGUCGGACCCUGUCAUGCGAACAAGAAUGCGCAGGGACAAUUGAAUUCCUGCCUUCGAGUGCUCUAUUACGGGGACUUUUGGGCAGACAUGACGGGGGCAAGGUCGUUUGGUCUACCACCUGCUGCGUACUCCAGAUUGCAGCCGAUGAGCGACAAAUUGAACGCUCUCUUGAGCAACCCCUACUUUUUGUGUGAAACUGUGGAAGGGCCACUAGCUUCUAUGGAGGUACCGUGGUCGUUGAAAGGAGCCACGUUGCACAACAUCACCGUCGCUCUUUGCAUCUCGCCUGCUCUCCAUCAUUUUUUGACAUUGAUUGAGAGAUGCGAAGCCGCAGUUUGUGGUUUUGUCUUGCUAGACCUUUGGAAGCUGUGCGCUGACAAGAAGGCUAGUGACCUGGGAGUUCCGAAGGGAACUACUUGGAUGGCAUCCCAAACGCAAUACAAUUUACAGGGCACAGCCCUGUCGACAAUAGCCCUGUGUGUGGCCAAAUGCGACGAUUUCAUGCCGUGGAGAUACGGCUUCGCCCGGCUCUCUGAGUUGGCAAUAGAGCACCAAUUCGGGCAUCUGAGAUCCCAAGUGGCCAGUGCUCAAUUGAGUACCCGUGGGUUUUGGCAUGCAGAUGCCAGACAAAGCUUGAAAGUCAAUGAUGUCCUGAACAAGUGCAAGCCAACACCUGCAGCAACAGAAAGGGCCUUGAACGACUCAGAGUCCCUUGCCAUGAUUGGCUGCAAAGUUCACCAGUUUCAUACAUGUUCAUUCAUUUUCUAG